AUGAUGCGAAGGUACGGGGCUAUGGGUUUGGGAGGUUGUGGAGAUGGGUGCGUGGGUCCCGGUGAGGAAACCGGGAGCGGAGGAGGAGGGCCUCGCGAACCUUCGCUGGGUUUGCUAUUCUCUGGAUUCGGCUGGACCUCACGACAAGAGUGGCUGACCGACAGAGAAUUUCAUGCGAUCACGUGAUUCCCGAUUUGACGCGAGCCUCUUAGAAUGGAUUUUUGACGACAAAGGUGGAACGAAAAAACAAGAACAUUGGCACUGUACAAAGGCCAAAACCGACGACC